AUGCCCUCUCCCCACAAAAUACCAACAUUCACCCCCCUCUCUCCCUCAACAUCUAUCUACAUCCCCGCAACCACCACUGCAAAAACCACCACCAAACCCUCCACCAUAACACCACCUCCCCACCUCAUCCUCCUCUGCACCUACCUCAACGCCUCGCCCGCCCACAUCAUCAAGUACGUCACAGGAUAUAAACGCAAGUUCCCGACCUCGCGCAUCCUCCUCGUCACGACCUCUUCAUCUCACUUCCUCGUGCAGUCCGCGGCGCAAUGGACCAGGGAGUUUGAGCCUGCCGUCGGGAGUCAAGCGAGAGGGUCUGAGGGGUCAUGGUGGUGGUGGUGGUUUUGGGGAAAAGUCAAGGCGCUGGCCAUUGUGGCAGGAUUGAGGGUAUACUUCGCCGUGUGGUUUCUCCUCGAGAGGUUGAUGGGCGUCGAGAAUGUGGUCGGUGUGGUGAGGCGGUUGAAUGAUCCGGCUCAGUUUAGUGCCGAUUUGACGAGGUUGUAUAUCUACAGUGGGAAGGAUGAGCUGGUGCGUGCGCAGGAGGUGGAGGAUCAUGCGGAGGAGACGGAGAGGAAGGGGUAUGAGGUGCUCAGGCUGCGGUGCUUGGAUAGUGGACAUGCGGGACAUUUAUUGCAGGAUGAGGAACAGUUCUGGCGCAGUGUGCCUGGACUGUGGGGUUCGAGGAUUCUGUCGAGUCCUGGGAUGGUGGUUUGUGCUUGGUAG